ACAACUCUAAAUAUUGGCGCUUGCCGGAAGUUUCGUCAUUUGGUCACGCUGCAAGUCAUUUCGCUUCCUAUGAUGUUCCACGCGAUGUGCAAGCACGCGCUGUUUUCUUAAUGAGCACACAUCAGACACACACGGAGAUUAAACACAUGAUUUAUUGCCGCCGGUAAGCUUUGUGGCACGUGCCAUUGUGAAAUACCUCGCUGAACGUGACAGAAUGAAUUUGACUUUGGCUGACAGUGCACCAACACGUCGUCUGCUAGUGUGAGGCAAGGAAUUCACGUCUGCUUUCGUCCUGGCGGGUUUGUAUUCUCCUCUCAUAGUUGGCGACAAACAUUAAUCAAAGCAAGCCAUUGAACCCGUUAUCACGUGCUUCCUUGACCCAGUCGCCCGGAACACUGGCUUGCUUCACGCACGGCUGUCACUAUACAUGAGUACGUUAUUACAACAGCAAUUGAGCUGAAUGACAAUCACGCAAAACACUGACUUGCCACUGCUUACUGUCGACCAGAUGGUGCCAUACCUGACACAUUUCACACAAACUCAAAACCACAUUUCUACUGACUGAUCACAGUCAACAUACCUGCGUCCUGUUUACAACAUGUCCGAGAAGCAUGGCGCGGUGGAGUUUGUGUUGGGAAUAGCCACAUGUGGGGCAGGCUUUUUCACAAACCCCCUGGAGGUUGUGAAGACGCGAAUGCAGCUCCAGGGUGAACUCCAGUCAAGGGGCCAGUACGCCAUCCACUACAGGAACGCUGCCCAUGCCUUCUACACCGUAGCCAAAAACGAUGGAGUAUUGGCCCUGCAGAGUGGCCUGGUCCCUGCACUGUGGUACCAGUUCUUCAUGAACGGCAUCCGUCUGGGCAGCUACCAACUCCUGAUAAACCUGGGGAUGACCAUGGACAAAACUGGACAUCCAAGCUUUGUACGCAGCAUCAUGGCAGGAGCAUUUGCAGGAUGUGUUGGAGCCAUGGUCGGGAGCCCAUUUUACAUGGUGAAGACCCAUCUUCAGGCCCAGGCUGUACGGGACAUCGCCGUGGGGACCCAGCAUCCCCAUGAGAGCAUGAGUCAUGGGAUACGAACUAUAUACUCCCAGUUUGGGCUGGUGGGAUUGUGGCGAGGGGUCAACGCAGCCGUCUGCCGGGUAACAGUAGGAUCCGCAUCACAGCUGUCCACUUUUUCUGUCGCCAAGGAUUACAUUGUGGAAUACAAGUGGUUUCCUAAAGACAGCUGGAUGAAUGCUCUCGUGGCCAGCAUGGCCAGCGGUAUAAUUGUCACCUGCUUCAUGACACCGUUCGAUGUCGUGACGACCCGACUCUAUAACCAAGGUGUGGAUGCACGUGGAAAGGGCUUGCUGUACUCUGGCGUGUCUGAUUGCCUCGUGAAGAUUCUCAGGAAGGAGGGUAUCUGGGGGUUCUACAAAGGCUGGGGGGCAAGCUACUUUCGACUCGGGCCCCAUACAGUCAUCAGUCUUGUGCUGUGGGACGAGGUGCGCAAACUCUACUCCAUUUGGAAGCGACCUCAAAAAGACAAGAAGGGAACGUACCAGAGCUGAUACACGUGUGUAGUAGCUGUAUGUUGCCUGUCUUUGUCAAGAAGGGAACGUACCAGAGCUGAUACACGUGUGUAGUAGCUGUAUGUUGCCUGUGUUUGUCAAGAAGGGAAUGUACCAGAGCUGAUACACACGUGUAGUAGCUGUACAUUGCCUGUGUUUGUCAAGAAGGGAAUGUACCAGAGCUGAUACACGUGUGUAGCAGCAGUAUAUUGCCUUUCUCAGGAGAAGGGGAACCACGACCAAGUAUAGUUGUGUAUUGUCUCCUCGUGUGUAUGCCAACCAAAUAUAAGGUUGGUUACUAGUAUACCCCAAAUGGCUGUGCCCUGCCUACCUCAUGGGGAAGGUUGAUGACAACCAGAUGUGUCUGUCUUUUGCAGAUUCGCAACAGGGGGAGAAUAACAUUCAAAUGUAUCCUUUUGAGAAAAUUUGACAGUGUUCAUAAGUAACUUUAUAUUGCCAAUCCUCAUCAGAAAGGAUGACCAUGGAUCAGGGAGGCUGAUCAGGACAGUGGACUCUGCCCCAGUGUGGGUACCUUCCUCACAAAUCAUUGUUCUUCCUUGAGAUGCAGGUCUCGUUAUGAGGGUCUUGUGAUGAGGGACGUGUGAUGAGGGCCUUGUGAUGAGGGUCUUGUGAUGAGGGUCUUGUGACGAGGGUCUUGUGAUGAGGGUCUUGUGAUGAGGAUCUCGUGAUGAGGGUCUUGUGAUGAGGGCCUCCUGAUGAGGGCCUCGUGAUGAGGGUCUUGUGAUGAGGGUCUCGUGACGAGGGUCUCGUGAUGAGGGUCUCGUGAUGAGGGCCUCGUGAUGAGGGCCUCGUGAUAAGGGUCUUGUGAUGAGGGUCCCGUGAUGAGGGCCUCGUGAUGAGGGUCUUGUGAUGAGGGCCUCGUGUGUACUACCUGAUGGUGAUGGAUAAUUAACAGCGGACCACCUUAGUCACUGUAUCAGUGAAGGUUUACAGUGGGCCAUGAAAUCCAAAUUUCUAAAACCAGUAUCUGUUUGUUUCAUAGUUUCAUUGUUUUUGAUUACAGUUUGAAAAUAGUAUGUUUGUGCAUUUCAUUUUAUUGUAAUGUUGAGUUUUGAGUGGACUUGUUAGCAAAGAAGUAUGUUUGAAUUGACUAGUUGGCAAGGACUGAUGUAUGAAUUUUACUGGUUGGUAAAGACUGAUGAUGGAGUUGACGAGCUCACUAAGACUGAUGAUUGAAAGGAGUAGUUGCCAAAGACUGAUGUUUGAGUUGACUAGUUGCCAAAGACUGAUGAUUGAAAAGAGUAGUUGGCAAAGACUGAUGAUUGAAUGGGCUAGUUGCCAAAGACUUAUAUGUUUGAGUUUACUAAUUAUAAAGGACUGAUAUAUGCUAUUGUGUGUUGUGUGCAGUGACCUGACAGUCAGAAGGGGUGAGUGAAAAUGUCAUGUAUCAUAACAUUGGAGUGUGUGGACGUUUGAGGUCAACAAUUUCUCAGGUGACCCUGGAUUAAAAAGAUAUAACCCCUGAAGGACCCUGGUAUUGUCACUACAUAAUGUUGCCAGUGAGGAUGGAUGAGAAUAUCAGCAGCUAAAGUGCAAAUUGAUUAGGAUCCUUGUGAUUAUGAUAUAAAUGAUGGGGAAUGUUCAGGAACAUUAUUCCCGGUGGCAACACCAGGUGAUGGUGAUCAAGGAUGUCUGAACCCUGUCACCAUGGCAGCUAACAUUUGCCUUAUGGGUGUUGUAAUUCAACAGAUUUCCACCAGAUCACAAAUAUGAAGCAAUAGAUAAUAAUCUAUUGAUGCAUGAAUACUGUUCAAACACUGAUAAUCUCAAGGACACAUCAUAACUUUAUACAUCACUUGACAGAUGUAUUACAUUGAUGUGAGUGUAUGAUGAUAUAUUGAAAACAAGAGUGUAUUUUAAUAAGCAAGAAAGCACCCAAAUGUGUCAUUUGUGAAAAUAUAAAUACAGGCUAUUGUGGGAAGUAGUUGUACUUCUGUCAAUAAAUUUUGUUACUUGUA